CAUGCUUGGAAGACAUGCGCUUUGCGGCAAAGUCCUCCUUUUCUCCACACACGCUUCUAAGCCUCGGCACAUCUCCUCACAUCGCUACUAACUACACUUUAUUCAUCCUCCGUGUCAGGAUAAACUCACUCGUCUCAGCCACAUUUGGAGAUUAUUAGGCCCGCUUAGCUUGAUAGUUGUUUGAGCGCGCCAAUUAGCUUAGCAUGCUAGUUAGCUUAGCUUGUUAGCCGCUAACAAAGAGACGCGGAUUUGAUCAACACAUCGCUUAGUUAAGAUCAAGUGUGAGUGUAAAGUGUUGUGAUUGUGUGAAAAUGUGCGAAAGAACGAUAGCAAAGUAUGAGGAAGAACUUUGUUGUGUGAAAAUGUGCGAAAGAACGAUAGCAGAGUACAAAGAGGAACUUUCUCGGACAAAAGAAGAGAACGAGAGACUACGUCAACUAUUGGAGGCUGUUUUCAAGAAAGCUCAAGUUGUGUUACACAGAACAGACCUCAAUAAAGAACAUCUUCCUCAUGAGCAGGAAGAAGAGCCACAGCCCCACCAAAUUAAAGAGGAAAAAGAGGUACCACAUUCCCAACACAUUAAAGACGGAGGAGAGGACCCACAGCCCCCCCACAAUAAAGCGAAACAUGAGACGCCACAGACCCAUAGUGUUAAACUGACCCUUCACAAUAAAAGGCAAGCGGAGGACCCACUGAUCUUACACAUCAAAAAGGAAGAGGAGGAUCCACUGACCCCUCACUUUAAGGAGCAAGAGAACCGACUGACCCCUCACAUUAAAAAGGAUGAGGAGGACCCACUGACCCCCUGCUUUAAAGAGGAAGAAGAGGACCAAGAGGCGCCGCACAUUAGAGAGGAAGAGGAGGAAGAGGGCAUCAGUCAGCCUAAAUGGUUGGAGGAGUUCCCAGUGACUGGUGUCCCUGUGAAGAGUGAAGAUGAUGAGGUGAAAGGUGAAAGUGAGGAGAGGGGAGGGGGGGAGCCUCCAAGCAGCAGCUCAACACAACACAUGACAACAGAAGCUGAUGGAGACCACUGUGGAGGAUCACAAGCAGACAAGCUCUUAGCUCCACUAUCAGAUAGUGAGGACACAACGUCACACUCUCCUGACACUGAUGAUGAAGACUCUAAAGAUGAUAAGACAUGUCACACUGACAACACUCACUUCACAUCUUCUCUCAGUCACAAAACCCUUAAAUACCGGAGUAGUCUUAAAAGACACAUGAGAACACACACUGGAGAAAAACCUUUUUCAUGUUCAAUCUGCGGUAAAGAUUUUACUCAGAGGCCAGAUUUUAAAGUACACAUGAGAACACACACUGGUGAAAAAAUUUUUUCCUGUUCAACCUGUGGUAAAGGUUUUACACACAGUAGCAAAUUGAAAAGACACAUGAGAAUACACACUGGUGAAAAACCUUUUUCCUGUUCAAUCUGUAGUAAAGGUUUUACACGAAGUCAGAGUUUGAAAGAACACAUGAGAACACACACUGGUGAAAAACCUUUUUCCUGUUCAAACUGUGGUAGAGGUUUUACACGAAGUCAGAGUUUGAAAGAACACAUGAGAAUACACACUGGUGAAAAACCUUUUUCCUGUUCAAUCUGUGGUAAAGGUUUUACACAUACUAACAAAUGGAAAAGACACAUGAGAAUACACACUGAGGAAAAACCUUUUUCCUGUUCAACCUGUGGUAAAGGUUUUACACGAAGUCAGGGUUUGAAAGAACACAUGAGAAUACACACUGGUGAAAAACCUUUUUCCUGUUCAACCUGUGGUAAAGGUUUUACAGAAAGUCAGAGUUUGAAAGUACACAUGAGAACACACACUGGUGAAACACCUUUUUCCUGUUCAACCUGUGGUAAAGGUUUUACACAUACUAACAAAUGGAAAAGACACAUGAGAAUACACACUGGUGAAAAACCUUUUUCCUGUUCAAUCUGUGGUAAAGGUUUUACACAUACUAACAAAUGGAAAAGAGACAUGAGAAUACACACUGAGGAAAAACCUUUUUCCUGUUCAACCUGUGGUAAAGGUUUUACACGAAGUCAGGGUUUGAAAGAACACAUGAGAAUACACACUGGUGAAAAACCUUUUUCCUGUUCAACCUGUGGUAAAGGUUUUACAGAAAGUCAGAGUUUGAAAGUACACAUGAGAAUACACACUGGUGAAACACCUUUUUCCUGUUCAACCUGUGGUAAAGGUUUUACAGUAGGUCAGAGUUUGAAAGUACACAUGACAACACACACUGGUGAAAAACCUUUUUCCUGUUCAACCUGUGGUAAAGGUUUUACACACAGUCAGAGUUUGAAAGUACACACUAGAACACACACUGGUGAAAAAUCACAUUCUUGUUCAAUCUGCAACAGAAGCUUUUGUGACCGAUCAAACCUUGUAAGACACAUGAGAAGACACCCAGGAGAGAAAGUGUUGAGUUGCAGUGUGUGUGGUGAAAGAUUGUCUUCUAAGUACCAGUGUAAGAAACACAAGUGUGCUGGUGAGAACAGCAGCAGCAAAUGAAACUGCAGGAUUUGAAAUAAACUGUCCAGACUUUCAUUUUGACUUUCUAACAACAUCAGCACAUAUAACAUGUGUGACAUUGUUGUUUGUCUAACAAUCUGUUUAAUAUGAUCUUUACAUUUAUAGAUUACAUAGUUUGAAAUAUAAAAGUAUUACAUAUUUGUACUUGUAAUUGUUGAUAACCCCAUAGAUUAUCACCUUUAUAUGAUAUACAUAUGUACUGGUUCACAUCUGAAACAUCUUCUGGACCACUUCAGGAAGCAUAUUAUUAUUUACUUUAUACAUCAUCUGAACAGUUGUCUUUUAUACAAUUUUAAAAUCUGUGACUUUAUGAAUCAUUUGUUGGGUCUCUGUAAUCCAUGUUAUUAAUAAUCUUCAUUACUCUCUUUUGUAAUAAGAUGAUUGUGUUGUGAUUAUUUUAUAUGUAUGUCCCCAGACCUUUAUGCAAUAUAAAAGUGAGAGAAAAUGGCUGAAUUGUUUGAGGAAGGAUUUAUUUUGUUUUUGUUUUUUUUACAAACUGACAUUUGUGGAUAAAACAAAAAUUCCCAUUAAUGGGUUUCAAUUUUUUUUUAAUGUAUGUAUUUGUUUUAAACAUCCACAAAACUAUAUCGACAUGAAUCAAAGUUCAGAGUGUCAGUAAAAAGCUAAUAUUGUACAUCAUCCCACAGAUAUUUACUUUGCAUUCUGUUGGAGCCAAAUUUCUUUAUUUGUUUAUUUAGUUUUUAUUUAGUUUUCUGUAAUUGAUUGCUGGCCUCAGGUCAUGCUGAAUUUCCUUUUCGGCAGAUUGCUCCGCCCACUUCCUCUUGAGAACCAGGAGAUGUUGACAGGGAUGGGACCGUUGCUAUGGUGCGGUUGCUAUGGUAACGUCAUUUAAUUGGGUUCAGGUGGGAACACUGGAGGGGCGACUGCAUGGAGGACACAAACUGUUUACAAGCUUGCUGUGUGUGGUCAGGUCUCACUGCUGUGACAAUGUUGCAUCCAAGUCAAGGUCAGCAUACUUUAUGUUCUACAGCCUACAUGUCAUUUCAGUUUGAUAGCCAAAAAUAAACAGAUUGUCAUAUCAAACAUA